CUCCUCCCCUGAGCCUCCCAGGCGGGCGGGAGCAGAGCCAAAGCAUCCCUAAACCGCACCCGAGCCAAGGCGGGAGAGAGCUGGGGGAGACCGGGGACCCCGGCAUCUGACAUUUUAAUUGCAGGUUUGACUUUUUUCCCAAGAUCGCAGCUCUCCCGCCCAGUCCAGAUAUUUUAUCUCCCUCCGGCCUUGGUUGCUGGAUGAAGCCGGGCCUGGGCUUGGUCCCAGGAGCAGGGGAAGAGCGCGUUCGCGGCCCCGCGCAGUCGCCCCAGGGACCCCCGAGCCCUGCGCACCGGCCAUGGUGUGGCUGAGCCCCGCGCUCCGGUGAGGCGGCGGCGCAGCUGGGAGCCCGGCGGACCCGCCCUGCAGGACGCCUUCCCCCAGGAACGGGUGUCGCCGGACUCCGCGCCCUCCUGCUGGGACUGCGCACCGGGCCCGAGAGGGCGGCGAGCGGUGGCCGCGAUGUUCAGCUGGCUGCGUUCAGAUGACCGCCGCAGGAAGGACCCCGAGGUCUUCCAGACGGUGAGCGAGGGUCUCAAGAAACUCUACAGGACCAAGCUGCUGCCCCUGGAAGAGCACUACCGCUUUCACGAGUUUCACUCCCCCGCCCUGGAGGAUGCUGAUUUCGACAACAAGCCCAUGGUCCUGCUGGUGGGCCAGUACUCCACCGGGAAGACCACCUUCGUCAGGUACCUGCUGGAACAGGAUUUCUCAGGCAUGAGGAUUGGGCCCGAGCCGACCACGGACUCCUUCAUCGCGGUGAUGCACGGAGAGGUGGAGGGUACCAUCCCCGGGAAUGCCCUAGUGGUGGAUCCUAAGAAACCUUUCAGGAAACUGAACGCCUUUGGCAAUGCCUUCUUGAACAGGUUCGUGUGCGCUCAGCUGCCCAACCCCGUGCUGGAGAGCAUCAGUGUCAUCGACACGCCAGGCAUCCUCUCCGGGGAGAAGCAGAGGAUCAGCCGAGGGUACGACUUCGCGGCAGUCCUCGAGUGGUUCGCCGAGCGGGUCGAUCGCAUCAUCCUGCUCUUCGACGCCCACAAGCUGGACAUCUCUGAUGAGUUCUCAGAAGUCAUCAAGGCCCUCAAGAACCACGAGGACAAGAUGCGGGUGGUGCUGAACAAGGCGGACCAGAUUGAGACGCAGCAGCUGAUGCGGGUGUACGGGGCCCUCAUGUGGUCCCUGGGGAAGAUCGUGAACACCCCGGAGGUGAUCCGGGUCUACAUCGGCUCCUUCUGGUCCCACCCCCUUCUCAUCCCAGACAACCGGAAGCUCUUUGAGGCCGAGGAGCAGGACCUGUUCAGAGACAUCCAGAGUCUGCCGCGAAACGCUGCCCUGCGCAAGCUGAACGACCUCAUCAAGAGGGCCAGGCUGGCCAAGGUCCAUGCCUACAUUAUCAGCUCUCUGAAGAAGGAGAUGCCCUCGGUGUUCGGGAAGGACAGCAAGAAGAAGGAGCUGGUGAACAACCUGGCCGAGGUUUAUGGCCAGAUCGAGCGGGAGCACCAGAUCUCACCUGGGGACUUUCCCAACCUGAAGCGGAUGCAGGACCAGCUGCAGGCCCAGGACUUCAGCAAAUUCCAGCCACUGAAAAGCAAGCUGCUGGAGGUGGUGGACGACAUGCUGGCCCAUGACAUUGCCCAGCUCAUGGUGCUGGUACGCCAGGAGGAGACACAGUGGCCCGCCCAGAUAGUGAAGGGCGGAGCAUUUGAGGGCACCCUGCAUGGCCCCUUCGGGCACGGCUAUGGGGAGGGGGCUGGGGAGGGCAUCGAUGAUGCUGAGUGGGUGGUGGCCAGGGACAAACCCAUGUACGAUGAGAUCUUCUACACCCUGUCACCGGUGGAUGGCAAGAUCACGGGCGCCAAUGCCAAGAAGGAGAUGGUGCGCUCCAAGCUGCCCAACAGCGUGCUGGGCAAGAUCUGGAAGCUGGCCGACAUCGACAAGGAUGGCAUGUUGGAUGACGAGGAGUUUGCACUGGCCAACCACCUCAUCAAGGUCAAGCUGGAGGGGCAUGAGCUGCCCAGUGAGCUGCCUGCCCACCUCAUACCCCCAUCCAAGAGGAAAGCCACCGAGUGAUGGGAGGCGGGGAGGUCCAGAGCAGGCAGGUGUUAGAGGAGAUGGGCGAGGCGAUCACAUAACAGACAGACAGACACACAGACACACAGACACACAGA